GCAGAGCACUUCCGGCGCCCUCCCGCCUCGCCGCCCCAUGGCCGCGUCCGUGGAUUUCAAAACCUAUGUGGAUCAAGCUUGUAGAGCUGCAGAUGAGUUUGUCAAUAUUUACUAUGAGACAAUGGACAAGAGGAGAAGGGCUUUAACCAGACUGUAUUUGGACAAAGCAACAUUAGUUUGGAAUGGAAAUGCAGUGUCUGGGCAAGAAGAACUAAAUAAGUUUUUUGAAAUGUUGCCAUCAAGUGAAUUCCAGGUUAAUGUGUUGGACUGCCAGCCUGUUCACGAGCAAGCUACUCAAGGCCAGACAACAGUCCUCGUGGUGACAAGUGGGACUGUCAAAUUUGAUGGGGAUAAGCAGCGCUACUUCAAUCAGAACUUCCUGCUGACAGCACAGGCCACCCCCACCAACACCGUGUGGAAGAUCGCCGGGGACUGCUUCCGCUUCCAGGACUGGGCCAGUUAGCAGGGCUGGCACGGCAGUGACCUCUCCCCUCGGGCACCACCACUCCACUGUGCAGGCAGCUGUCCCACGGGCACUGCGCGCGCUCUUUGUCUUGCAUCUGAUGUUACGGACGGGCUGCGGAUGUUUCGGGGUUGAUUCCAGUGACCACAGCUGUAGUAAUAAAAUGUGAGAGGUUGCUCGUGUUAGUUGAAUUUAGUCGAGUGCUGAAGGCAGUGAGCUGUAUUCGAAUCAUUCCUAAAAUGCCUUACAUGCAGCUGUGCUGCCACUGCUGAGUGCUCAAACCGUUCUGUUUGAACACAGAAUCCUAUUCAUGUACAAUUCUGACCAAACGUAAUUUUUUUCAACUUGAAAAGAUCUGUUUUUACAGUAUCAUCUUCUCUCUUUUGAAGAAGAUGCUUGUGGCAUGAAAAUGUAAUUUUGAAAGCUCCCUACUCCCAGUUGUGAGAGGCAGGGAAGGAUUGCUGUGGUUUCUACUGUUAGUGAAAGGAGCAAAUGCAGCUCCUAAGUUUGUAAUCUCUCAAUCCAUUGGAAAGGUAAUGUUUACCUUCUCUGAUGCCAAAGGACCAUAUAUCUUUGGGUUUCCUUUCAGUCUGAGCUUCCCAGACUUUGGUUGUUAAUUCCAUGGAUUCAAAUGUAGGGCAUGCUGAAUGAUUCGGAGCUCCUGUGCCAAUAACUCUUCACAUGCACGUGAAGGGCUUCAAACUGAUUGUUUGUCUUUUGCAGUCUUAUCGUGGCCUAGAAAUAGGUCACAUACAUGAUUUCUGUUGGCUUUAGUUCUGCAUUCUGUUGCUAUGAGGUUUGGAUUAUUUUUCUCAUAUUAAGUCUGCAAGUUUUGAAUCCUUUCUGUCUUUUCAAGAAACAUUGUAGUUAAAAAGUGGCACUGAAAGUGUGCAUUACUGUGAAGCCUUCAAUUUUUCUCAUCAGUACUGUUACUCAGAACAGGUGCUUGCAUUAUUUUUAAUUGAGAACAGCAGCUCUGCACCACUAACACUAUCUUCCUCUCAUGCAGAUUUUUACUGUAUUUUUUUCAUGUUCUUUUUAAAAAUUGCCUUUAAUUAUUGAUUAUCUGGGGGGUUUGUGUGUUUUGCUUUAAAUUUGUAGUUUAAAGCUUCCAGAUGCUUUGAAAUACUUUUCAAGACUGUAAGUUAAGAGAGUCCACCUUUGGAACUUAAUAGCAAAUCUGAGUAUCAGCAGCUUUGUUUUAAACUGGUGUGUUUCUGUUUUAAGCUAAGUAAACAAAAAAAACCCCCAAAUGUAGCUGUAUAGCUGUAGCUGUAUCCCUGAGUAUACCCUUGCUU